GCGUUUGGCAGACCCGAGAAGCCCCUCGAGUCCCGAACCCGGACCACAGUUACCCAUCUCAACACGACGCCCUUUGUUUCUCUUCGACACUUUCAUAUUGGCAUCUCUUUCGACUGCCUUCCUAGGACGUUUGAGUUGUCUACUUCAAAACAGCCACUCUUCCUCUUCAUCAACCCCCUCACUACCCGCCUCUCCCAGCCAUCGGGACUGGCUCCUCCGCUUUCGCCAUGAGUUCGCCGCCAGCGGUCCAGAAGACCUCGGAUGGUGGUAGAUCAAACCAACAAGUAGCCGUCCGAUGGGAUGACGAGAGCAACAUGGUUGGCCACGUAGCCCGGUUGCAGUUUGAGGUGGCCGAAUGUGUCGAGACCAAGACUGUUACCACUACGACUACCACCAAGCGAUCAUAUCCUCCUAUAUUCAUCAAGGAACCUCGUCCGCUGAGCUCUCUCGACUCAAAGGAGUACCCUCUGGCUUCGAGACCUACACCGCCCGAGUUGACUCGGUUCACCUUUGAUGUCGGUGAUCUGGGUGGAGAACCUUGGUCAUUCGAUGACGAGCUCCCUGCAGCUCAGGUACACCGUUCACAAAGCACCGAUUAUUCCAGUCUUGUCAAAUGCGAGCCUGGAAUCGACAGCCCCGUUACCGCCGACCAACCCCUUAGACUUCCUAACCCCCUGGCUGAGACCCAGAUACGGCGAUCGCAGAGGUCGAGCGCAAGAGCAGCCUCUCCUUCAUACAAUGUAGCCGCAAAUCGGCGUUCGCAGAAACACCGGGAUCACGGCCUUAGCCUACAUCAUGCGUUACCCGACAAACUACGCCGCGUAGCAGCCAACAGAUCGGACAAGGCCGGCAGGGUAAGCAGAGCCGCCUCGGCCUCAUAUCUGGCUACCCCGGACACAACCGAGGUCGCACCAGGAUUUCUAGAUCGGCCGGCACGACGAGAUCCCCAUCCUGACAGCAUAACCGAUGCGAGUGCCACACAAUCUGCAUCGACCUACGACGCAGCCAGCCCGGCAUCAAGCGAAUUACAUACGACCUUCGACAAUGUCGCAACGCCCCCAAUCACUGACGCCGACUUGGAGCCAUUCGGUGACGCCGAAGACUCUAUCCAGCACCCCAUUGCCGCGUUUCCGCCUCGACCCAGUCUCAACACUGUUGUAGCCCAGGAUGCGAGUCUUCCUAGCCCCAGACUCUCACCUACGCUGGCAGCAGCCCAACUCCACACGGCCCAUAAUAGCCCGGUUGGGGAUGAGGUGGAAGAGGAGGAGGAUGCCUUGUCUUUAUUUUCAAGGCAGCUUACAAGGGGAAACCGACGGCAGUGGCUGGACGAAAGCCAGACUACUGACGGCACCAUUUCACUGUUGGAUGGCAUCGUCGACGCGUCCCCGGUGCAGUAUAGAGAGCAUACCGAGGCUGGCAAGCCUAUUCGACAGAGCCUUGCCGAGUCCCGGUCGAUGAUUGAAACCUUCGACGCCAUGCCCAAAGAGUUCAAGUCAUUCAUGAUGUAUCAGUUUCUCCGACGAUGCCCGCGAAAGACUCUGCGCAUGGUCGCAGACGUCGUCAGUCCUGCUCUGAAGUGCGACUUCAUCAAGCAGCUUCCUAUCGAACUCGGCCUCCACGUUCUAUCCUACCUCAACCACCGCGAUCUCUGCCGAGCCGCCCAAGUUUCCAAGCACUGGCGGAACAUUGUCGACAGCAAUGAGACUGGCUGGAAGGAGCUGUUUGAUCGGGACGGCUUCAAGCUGCCUUCUAGCGAGCUUCAGAGGGCGAUAACACAAGGUUGGGGUUGGCAAGACCCUGUCGGCGUUGAGGGCUGCGAGCUUGACCUUAGCCUACAGAACAGGUUGACCUCGAGCGAAGCCGAACUCAUUCGGUCGGUGCCGAAGGCUGAGCUACAGGCGCCGAAACUACGGAGUUCGAAGCGCAAGAGGGGUUUGAACCAUAACCUGAGCUCCGAGCGAUCGAAGAGGCGGGCCAGCGCCCAGGAGGCGCCGAAAGACGAUCGUCUUUCUUCCAUCCCCAAGGUCCACAAGUCCGAAGGUCCUAUCUCGGCGGCCAACGCCGCGGCCGUGGCUGUGCCGGAGCCUCAAAUCGGACUACCGAGCUUGCGGAAGCUCCAUCUGUUCAAGUCGCUCUAUCGCCGACACCACAUGAUCCGGCAGAGCUGGACGAGCGGGAAGGUCAAACCCGGACACGUUGCAUUUGCAGCGCACCCUCGCCAUGUCAUCACCUGUCUCCAGUUCGACGACGACAAGAUUAUCACUGGCAGUGACGACACGUUGAUCCACGUCUAUGACACUAAGACCGGAAAACUUCUCAAGAAGCUCGAGGGCCACGAAGGCGGAGUCUGGGCGCUGCAAUACGAGGGCAACACUCUCGUUUCUGGAAGUACCGACCGCUCUGUGCGGGUCUGGGAUAUCGAGAAGGGACUCUGCACGCAGGUCUUCUACGGGCACACGUCUACGGUCCGCUGCCUACAGAUACUUAUGCCGACGGACACGGGCAGAGUUGAGAACGGCAGGUCCGUCAUGACGCCACCUCGGCCCCUGAUCAUCACAGGAUCUCGAGACAACCAGUUACGUGUAUGGCGCUUGCCCGAAGCCGGAUCGCGUCGUUACAUCCAGACAGGGCCCCCGGCCAACGACGCCGAGUGCCCUUACUUCAUCCGCAUCUUGUCCGGCCACACACACUCGGUCCGGGCCAUCUCGGCCCACGGCGAUAUUCUUGUCUCUGGUAGCUAUGACAGCACCGUUCGCGUCUGGCGUAUCAGCACCGGCGAGGCUCUCCAUGUGCUACACGGGCACAGCCAGAAGGUAUACUCUGUCGUGCUGGACCACAAGCGCAACCGUUGCAUCUCUGGGUCUAUGGACUCGUUGGUCAAGAUUUGGGACUUGGAUACAGGAUCAUGUCUGUACACUCUCGAGGGCCACACCUUGCUGGUUGGUCUUUUGGACCUGCGCGACGAGAGGCUUGUCUCUGCGGCCGCAGAUAGCACUCUGCGGAUCUGGGACCCGGAAACCGGCAAGUGCAAGAGCCAAUUGAUGGCCCAUACCGGCGCCAUCACCUGCUUCCAGCACGACGGUCGGAAGGUCAUAUCGGGGAGCGAGAAGACGGUUAAGAUGUGGGACAUCAAUACUGGCGAAUGCAUCCAGGACCUCCUCACGGGCCUCAAUGGUGUCUGGCAAGUCAAGUUUGACGGACGCAGAUGCGUUGCAGCCGUACAGAGAGACAACCUUACUUAUGUCGAGAUCCUCGACUUUGGGGCAAUCCGCGACGGAAAACCACCCGAGGAACUCGGAAAGCGAAAGUUGCUGAACGAAUCCGAGGUCCAGCAACUGAUGGCGGAUGAAGCAUGAUUGAUUUGCAGACACCGCACCCACACCCGCACCCGCUUCACCUUCAACGAAGUACGGCCAAAAUGAACAUAGGCUUGCAUAACCUAAGUUUACUAUCAUGGCAACGACUCACCGGCAUGGCAUAUGGAACAUGGAAGGCAUAGGAUAGGGUAUUUCAGCACACGACCGAAACCCAAAAAGGGGCAAAGGCCGGCCUUG